AUGGACAAAUUGAAACUCAACAACACUAAUAGCUCAACAUUCUUGCUACCAUUGUUGUUUUUGUUUCACUUGGUGUUUCUUGCUGCCCAACCAAUUGUCCACGGUCAAUCUUUAUACCAUGUAAAAACCAUAGCAGGUAGUUAUCCCAAUGGUUACAAUGGUGAUAACAUUGAUGCUACCAAGGCAGAAAUUGCCAUACCUGAUGGUCUUGCACUCUCUCCAAGUAACAAUGGUGACAUUUUCAUAGUUGACAAGAUAAAUUGUCGAGUGAGACAAGUAGUGGCAAGUAGUGGUAAAAUUAAAACAAUUGCUGGUGUGGGUAUUCCUGGUUCUGUCACGACAACUAUAGCAACUUUGGCUCGUUUCAAUUAUCCUAGUGCACUUGCUUUUCAGAAUAGUGAUGUCAUGUACUUGUCUGAUACGAAUAGUCAUGUUAUUCGAAAGGUCAUAUUAUCUAGUAAUUUGAUUAGCACAUACGCUGGUCAAGUUGGUGUACCAGGGAGUAUCGGUGAUGAUGGAGUCGCUACCAAUGCACUAUUGAAUACACCAGGUGGAAUUGUCAUCUCUCCUGUGAAUAAUAAUUUAUAUAUUGCAGAAACCUCAAAUAACAAAAUUCGUGUAGUUUCGUAUACGGAUGGUAUCAUUAGAACAUUCGCUGGAGGUGGAACAGAUACAUCCACUGUGGUACAGGAUGCAACUAAUGCACAGUUAAACUUCCCCACUUCCAUUGCCAUCUCUAAUAGUGGAGAAGUUUACAUUGGAGAAUAUGACAAGAUUAGAAAGGUUUUCAAUAAUGGCACCAGUGUAGUCAUGUUCACUACUUUUGAACUCUCUGGCCAGACUAAUACAGUCAAUGGAAUGGCAAUAUCUCCAAUCACUGGUGCUCUCUAUGUCACUGUUUCAGAUAAAGUGUACAUGAUUCAAACGAAUGGAGUUGCAACAUUAAUAGCUGGAUCAUCAUAUGGCUAUGCUGGAGACAAUCAAUUGGCAUCCAAUGCCAUGUUCAGAGUCACAAGAGGCAUUGCUAUAUCCUCGAGUGGGGAGAUUUUCAUUUCCGAUGGUGGAAAUUACAGAGUCAGAAAGAUUAACACAAACAAUAUCAUCACUACUGUUGCUGGAACAGGUUCCAAUCUCGGCUACAAUGGUGAUAAUAUUGAGGCAGUGAAGGCAAAACUCUUUGGUCCAGAAUCGGUUGCUGUCGCUCCAAAUAAUGAGGUUAUUGUGGCCGACACAAGAAAUUAUAGAUUGAGAAAGAUUUCACUCGGUGGAAUUAUCACAACCAUUACUCCAAGUUAUAUUUCACCCAGAUCUCCACUCGUGCCCAAUGUAGGGGAGUACUAUUUUGUUGAUUCGUCAACUGUGAAAUAUCUCAUAUCUUCUAGUGGAAUUGUAAUAACAAAAGCUGGAUCUGGAACUACUGGAUACAAUGCUGAUAACAUUCCUGCUACUAGUGCUCAUUUAAAUUUACCAAAAGGAAUUGCCAGAUCCACAAAUGGAGAUUUGUACAUUACCGAUUCUGGAAAUCAUCGAAUUAGAAAAGUGUUUUUCAAUCAGACCAUCAUUACUGUAGCUGGUACCGGUACUUCUACCUACAAUGGAGAUGGGCUAUUAGCAACUAGUGCCAAUAUUAAUAAUCCAUAUGGAAUUGUACUGACCUCUAAUAAUGAAGUUAUUUUUUCAGAGUAUGAAGGCCAUCGAGUGAGAAAAAUUCUCAAUGAUGGAACCCUCAUUACCAUUGCAGGAACUGGGGUGGAUGGAUAUAGUGGGGAGAAUUUGAGUGGUGUUAAUUCAAUGUUGAGAUAUCCUGCUGGUCUUGCCAUUUUAUCCAAUGAUGAACUAUUGAUUUCUGAUUCCCAAAACCAUGCCAUAAGGAAAUUAUUUAAGAAUGGAACUUUGAUAACCAUUGCUGGUACUGCACCACUGUAUGGAUACAAUGGAGAGAAUUUGCACCCUUUGGAAACUCAAUUUUAUGGACCAAUGGGAGUAGCUCUCUCUGCUGAUGAAUCUAAAAUUUUCAUUGCUGACACAAGUAAUGGAAAGGUGAGAGCAAUCUCUUUUGGUUGUGACCUACAGAAUCAAUGUAGUGGACAUGGAGAUUGUGUAAUGAACAAUUGUUCGUGUUAUUCUGGCUGGAGAGGAAGUUCUGAUUGCUCUCUCUUCUCAUGUGAAACAUUGAAUGCCUGUUCAGGACAUGGUUUCUGUGUGAGUAAUAAUACAUGCUCAUGCACUAGUGGAUGGAAGGGAAGUCUCGAUUGUUCCCUCUUCUCUUGUGAUGCCGUGAAAAAUUGUAGUGGAAAUGGAACAUGUACAUCAAGUAAUGGUUGUUCAUGUCUGGAAGGAUAUAGUGGAUUGAGUUGUGAGAAUAGAAUUGUUCCUCCUACCUAUGUCUCUCCACUUGCAUCCAAGAAUGGACAAGUGACUACUCCAGUUAAUUCUAACAUUGGAUUGAUUGUUGGAUUGGUUGUGGGUUUAACAUUAUUGGUAUUGUUAAUAUUGCUUGCAAUCAUUGUCACCAUCUGUCUCAUUGUGAAAUUAAAGAAGAAGAAAAGCAAACCACUGGUUACUAAGGAAAAACCAAUUGAAAUGAUAACAACCAUUGAUGAAAAUGUCACUCAAACAGCCAAUAAUAGUACAUCAGUGACUUCAGAUUUCCCAAGCGAUACCUUUAACAAUUCCUUGUACCAAUUGUCUUCCAAUACUUCCAAUACUAACACAACUACUACUUCUUCUACUCAAAACACAGAUCAUUCUUUGCUCAAAGAUAGAUACAAGAUUCAACAAGUUAUUGGUCAGGGUGCAUUUGGUAAAUGUUAUCUCUGUUUGGAUUCUAAAAAGAAUGACAUGCCAGUUGCCAUCAAGACUAUUAGUUAUGAUCAAAGCAGACAUUCUAAAAUUAUUGAUGAAUGUUCCAAAACACUUUCAUACAGACAUGCAAAUCUGGUUGAAGUUUAUGAAUUCUUUGAAGCACAGAUUAUUCAAUCUAUUUGUAUUGUAAUGAAAUUUUAUGAAGGCGACUUGGAACAUGCCUUGAAAGAUUUGAAACAAGAUGGAAAGAUUGUCUCUGAGAAGAUGAUCAUCUCCAUCAUGAAACAACUUGGAGAUGGUUUGAACUAUCUUCACCAAGAGAAACUAAUUGUUCACAGAGAUAUCAAACCACGUAAUAUUUUCUAUAGUAAAUUGGACCGUGAAUUGGAUGAAAUCCAAGUGGUUAUUGGUGAUUAUGGAGAGGCAAAGGAAACUGGAGAAACUCAAAAUUCAGUUGCAGGAACAUUGCAAUAUAUGGCACCUGAGGUCUUUUCUAGAAAAUACAGUUAUAGUGCUGAUAUAUUUUCACUUGGAGUUUCACUCAUUCAGGCCAUGGCAAAUGAUUCCUUAGAUUUAAACAUUACAGCUCAAUUAUUAUACGAUAAGGAAGAAGUGGUGUUGGACAGAACAAUGGAACACUUGAUAUCAAGAGGUUACUCUGAGAAGCUUUGCAAUUUUAUUGUGACUAUGGUCUCAAAGGAACCAAGUAUGAGACCAACAAGUGCUGACAUUCAAAAUUUCUAG